AUGCCCUCCACCACCGCCAUCAGUGACGACGAUUACGACGAGAUAGCUAGCUACAUUCGUCAGGAGCGACCUAGAAGUUUAACAAAGGAAGAACGUCUUGACAUACUGCGACUUCAUGCCGAACUUCGCCGUGACGGUCAAAUGCAAGUGUCUUCUACCAUCGGCCGCCUGCUCGGUCGAAGCCAAAAGGUUGUAAAGGAAGUUUGGUUUCAGUACUUACGAUCAAAAAACGUUUUGGCUGUUCCACCCCCGUCCAACCAAGUACAACGCACCACACGCAUCCCACAUACACAUGCUGUGACGUCUAUUCUGCGUCAAUUUAUUCGAACACGGAACGUUACUCGUGUCCGCACUGUGGCGAAGGAUGUCAUGGCGUUGUUGCUGGAAGCCAAGAUCAUUCACUACGAUGUCAAUUGCAAACCUGGGGCCGUCAACUGCCUUUGUCGUGUCCAACAAUUCCUCGUGAAGCUCGGAUUCAAGCGGGGGAAGCGUCGAGGUCACGCUGCAUAUGCCAUGUCAAGUGCCCAUGCAACAGCUCGUGACGUGUAUGUUCAACACAUGAUGCAAUUGGCUCCUGCGACACCUGUGGUGUACUUGGAUGAGAGCUACAUUCAUCAUCACUACGCACGCCACCACGAUUCCCUGUACGACCCCACGGACAAUGGCCCACCAAAGAAAUGCAUAAGGGUCGCCGACGUAUUUCAAGGCUGCGCGAAGGCUAAGAACGAACCUAAGGAUUAUCAUGCGAUGUUCAACCACACGUACUUUAUCAAGUGGUUCGAGAAAGUCAUGUCCGAAGUCGAAGCCCUGGGAAAGCAAGGGGUCACGUUCGUGAUGGAUAAUGCAAAAUACCAUAAAGGCCUACCUGCUGACACGCCGAGAGGUACAUGGCGCAAAGCAUACCUACUGAGCGCAUGUCAGCGCUAUGCGGUUGACGUGGACAGCCACGACCUCAAGAAGACAAUAUGGGCGAGGCUCAAACCAGUCUUGUCAACACGUAUCGACCCGGUCGUGAGACCCGGUCGUUUGUCCAUGGCGCGGGCCCGAGGACACGAUGUGGUUUUCACACCAACACAUCAUUCGGAUCUUCAACCUAUUGAAAUGGUGUGGGCCAAAGUCAAAGGCGACGUUGGAGUUCAAUAUACCGUGGAUACGACGUUUGCGGAUGUGCGGUCGCGUCUGGACGCCGCGUUUGUCAGCCUACCCUCGGAUGUCGUUUGGAAUUGCGUUCGGCACUGUAACAAGCUUCUACAAGAGACGCAGCCCUUGCUGGAGGAGAGCACCGCGCGUCGUUCGUACGGCGAAGCGCUACUCAUCUGCUUCCGCGGCCGCGCGUUUUCCGCCGUCCUCGACAUCACGUCGUUCGUGGCGGGUGUGAUCAUUCUAUACGUGUUCAUACAUGCCACGUUCACGCCCAUCGUGAGUGCCACGGAAAUCCCCAUGCUCAUGGUCGGGUACGGGUUUGGCGCGUCGUUUGUGGCACUCUUCAUGCAAUUGGGCGGGGGCAUCUACACCAAGGCCGCCGACGUCGGCGCCGAUUUCGUGGGCAAGGUCGUGCAGGGUAUCCCCGAAGACGACCCGCGCAACCAAGCGUUGAUUGCCGACUUGGUCGGCGACUGCGUAGGGAGCAACGCCGACGUGUUUGAGGCAUUUUCAACGAUCUUAUUGGAUCAAUUGCUAGGAUGA